GUUUGUUAAUUGUUAGUUUAGUAAUAUCUGUAUUCUGUGCAAUCUCAGUGUCAGCGAUAAACUUAGUACCGGCAUUGUGAAAGUAUAUCACUAAGUUUAAUUAUUUAUUUGUUCGAUAACUCAAUAAGUUAGUUCGUGGAAUCGAAUGACAACAUAACAAUGAUGAUGUAGCCUAGGGUAGGCCUAAUGGUCUCAAAGCAUGGCUGAGUCAAACAAAUUUGCUGGAAACUUCCUAUCAUUGCUUGAUGAUUUCAAGGCAAAAAAGCCUGGAAACAAGAAUGAAGAGGUCAACAGUGAAAGAAAAAAGAGCAAUGCAAAUUCAAGCAGUAAAGAAACUCAUAACAACGACAAUAGUGAAAAUCUAGGCAAUGCUUCCAAAUUUAAAAGAAAAAAACAAAGAGACAAUAGAAGUCCUAAAGAUGGAUUUGUUGAAAAUCCAGCACUUAAAUCAGAAGAAAAUAUAUCUGAUCAAUUUUUUUCAAUGGUUGACAACAUUGAAAGUAAAAUGUCUCAAAAUACUAAGAACAAAAAGUUUAAGGAAAAGGACACAAGUUUGGUAGAUUCCGAUUCAAAAACUACUCCUAGAAAUCGAUCAGAUUUAAAUGAUAGAAACAAUGAUGGUAAGAAAAGUUUUGAUGAUUCCAAGAAAGAUGGGCAUAGUAGAGGAUGGAGGUCGAAUAUUAGUGAUAGCAAUAAUCAAGCCCAGAGAAGUAAUGAACGUGUCAAUAAAAGUAGAGAGCCAGAAACAUGGACAAAAAGAUCUAAUAAACCUAUGGGUUAUAAGUUUUUGGAAAGUUUGUUAGAUAAAGAAACAAGUUUUGUUUUAACCACUUUGGCAAGUCCAAGAUCUGGUUUUCAAGAACUAGUAAAUGAAACUCCAAUAAGACCUGACUUGUUGAUGUUAAUAAUCAAGGUUUUUGACAAAAUUAAUUACUCUGAAGCGCAGCAACUAAAAGUACAGAUAUUUUCAAAUACUUUUAGGCCUGAGUUUGUUGAUGAAUUGAAGAAGUUUUUUUCACAGAUUUGUAUUGAUGAUAACCGUACAAGACUAAUGGCCAUGAACACUUUCUUUGUAAAUGUUCUUAAUGUCUUAGACACCGUAGUAAAUCAUUUCCCCUCGCUCAUGAAUGAGAAAAUGAAAAGCACUUUAAACACGUUAAACCUUGCUAUGCUAAGUGUUAAAGAUGAACAUCAUAUUCAAGUCAGUGAAGAACUGUUUUCACAACUUAAAGAACUUACAAACCAGGUUAGUUCUUACAUUGAGCUUAGAACUAAAACUAGCAAAGAGCACCGCUACAAUGUAAAUAGAAAAGAAAUUCCACCACCCAACAAUUAUAGAGACAUUCCUUUAAUCCCAACAGAAGAGGAUUUAACGACAGAUGGAUACCUGCGACAGAACAUUGUCAGAGGAUCAUACAGAGAUGUGGACCACUACCUAGAUAUUCAGUUCAGACUAUUAAGAGAGGACUUUAUAGCUCCUUUAAGAGAAGGAAUUUUAGAGUAUGUAGUUAGUCUAAACACUCCUUCAGCAAAGCGCAGAUAUUCAAAUGUGCGAAUAUACCCCAAAGUUAAAUUUGAUAACCCCGUCACAUCUAGAGAUGUUUUUGGUUUCGACAUACAGUUUGACUGUGAUAAAAGAUUGCCUCGCAACAUAAACUGGGAAUAUAACAAAAGAUUCAUGCCUGGCUCAUUACUACUCUUGAGUGAUGAUAACUUUCAGACAUUCUACCUCGCAACUGUCGUCGAACGUAAGAUUGAUAAACUGCAAAAGGGGAAACUAUUUAUAACAUUUGUCCCAGGAACUGAUAUCCCGGAAUAUCUUGUCAAUCCCGGAGUGUUUUUUGUGAUGGCAGAAUCUGAAGUGUAUUACGAGGCUUACAAACAUGUAUUGUCUGCCCUUCAGCGAAUGAAUGAGAAGAAUUUCCCAAUGAAGCAGUAUAUUGUAGACGUUGAUACAACUUGUUUCCCUCCAGCACAUCUGGUUGAUAACUCUGUUUACAAGAUUUCUAAAUUCGAUGUAAAUCUGCUUGAUGACAAAAGUUGGCCAUCCCCAGAAGACUUGAAUCUAAACCUGUCUCAACAUCAAGCUUUGAAAUCCGCUUUGACAAAUGACUUUGUCGUUAUUCAAGGACCCCCAGGCACCGGCAAAACCUUUCUUGCUCUCAAGAUAACAGAGAUCCUUUUGAAAAAUCAAGUUUCAUUCAACACUCCGAUUGUAGUCAUAUGUUAUACAAACCAUGCAUUGGAUCAGUUCCUCGAGGGAAUCUUGAAAUACACAAAAAAUUUAAUAAGGAUUGGAAUGCAGUCACAGAACGAGACUUUACAGCUGUACAACCUAGAAGAAGUGAGAAAGAAAAUGAAAGAAGCUAGGAAUACAAAUUAUUCAGCUCUCUUCAGAGAAACAAUGGAUCAGAAACGUGGGUAUCAGUACAAAUUGCAAGCAAUAAAAGAUAACAUUGAGCAACUCUCAAAUCCAGUGGGCAUUUUGGACAUACAUGUACUGCGCUCAGUAAUAACCCCUCUGCAGUAUAAUCUACUUUCAGAGGAUCCCAAUGUUUUGUUAAGUUGGCUGUUUUGCUAUGACGAUCCAGAGUUUCAAACCAAGGAAAGAAAUGAAGGAUCCAACAUCUUAGAUGAAAUACUGAACGAGAAUGACAAACCAAAAAAGGAGCUUGACAGAACUAAUUUUUUAGAAGAAGCUACAAAUGUAACAUAUAAUCCUGAAGAAGAGCUCGAAGAAUUUGAUGAAGAAGAGAACGCUAAACGCCUAGCUGAUAUGAAAGAAGAUGACUUCUACGAAGAAGAUUUCUUUGAUGAAAACUACGACAGUGAAUUAUCAUACAGUUUAUCUUUUGAUGCCAUUAAUGCUAAGAUAAACCAAAUUAGAAAUGAUUUUGCAAACAGAGAAUAUGAAUCCCAGGAUGCUAAAUAUUACUAUAAUCAACAAUGCAAACAGCAAAUUGAUGAAAUGAAUUGGCAAGCACAAGUCAUGCAUGAAAGGUUUGAAAGAUGUAGAGGUUAUGUAUUCAAUCCCGAUAGAUUUCAGUUGUUUCAAAAUGUUGGCAAUUUGUGGGAUAUAGAUGCAAAUGACCGAUGGGAAUACUAUAUAACAUGGGUUUAUUUAUACAUGUGUCAACUAAAGCAAGUUGUUCAACAUUACACCAAAAUUUACCAAGACAUAAUCAUGAGACUACACGAGUUGCGGCAGUUGGAAGAUGUGAGAUUUGUACAGACCGCUUCUGUGGUAGGCCUCACCACCAGUGGGGCAGCAAAGCGCCGAGUGCUUUUGGAAAAUUUAGGCACCAGAAUCGUGAUAGUGGAGGAAGCCGCAGAGGUGUUGGAAGCGCAUAUAGUCACAUCUCUUGCCCCAAGUGUCCAACAUGUCAUACUGAUUGGUGACCACAAACAACUGAAACCCAACCCAGCUGUUUUCAAACUGGCUAAAAAGUACAACAUGGACUGUUCCUUGUUUGAGCGGAUGUUGAACAACGGGUUGGGUUGUUCUGUUUUGAACGAACAGCAUCGGAUGAGGCCAGAGAUUGCGUCACUCAUCUCCCCCACCAUCUACCCCCAACUGGCCAAUCAUCCCUCAACACUAAACCGUUCAAAGGUCAGAGGCAUCGACAAGUUUGUCUUCUUCCUCACCCACGACAAGCCGGAAGAUCAGUUGCCAGACUCGUCCAGUAAGCAGAACACGCACGAGGCAGACAUUUUGAUGGAGUUGUGCAAAUAUUUGCUGCUGAAUGACUAUAAGCCUGAAGAGAUAACCAUACUAGCGACAUACACCGGCCAGGUGUGGUAUAUGCGCAAGAAAAAGAAAGAGAUGGGGCUCACUCUGCCAGACAUGAAGGCUGUUAGGAUCACCCCGGUUGACAACUACCAAGGAGAGGAGAACAGAAUCAUUCUGCUGUCCCUGGUGCGCAGCAACAGGGAGAACAAGAUCGGCUUCUUGAGCACAGAGAACCGAGUGUGUGUGGCUCUGUCUAGAGCCAAGGAGGGUCUGUACGUGGUGGGAAACAUGGACAACUUGACAAACAGCAGCAGUAUCUGGCCAAAGAUCAAGCAAACGCUGGAGUCCAUCAAUGCCUUUGGUCAAAGACUGUUGCUGCGGUGUGAGAGGCAUCCAGAGCAACUGACUGAGGUAUCCCAUGCCAAUGACUUCAAGGCAGUGCCGGACGGUGGCUGUAGGCUCAAAUGCAACUCUGUUCUCCCCAACUGCGGUCACAUCUGUCCUCGGAUUUGUCACAUCAUCGACAAGGACCACUGCCUGUACAAGUGUCAACAGAAAUGUGAAAGACCUCCGUGUGACGUGGAAGGACACAAGUGUCCUUUGAAGUGUUGGAGGAACUGUGAACCUUGCAUUAUAUCUGUGGAAAAACUGCUGCCUUGUGGCCACACAGCCACUCUCGCAUGCCAUCAGGAACCGGCAAAUCACAAGUGCCUGGAGAUAGUGCCUGCCAUACAUCCGGCAUGUAACCAUGAAAUAACCAAAUUCUGCUACUUGGACGUAAACCACUGCAGGUGUACCAAUAACUGCUCAUUCAGGCUGCCGUGUGGUCAUGCCUGCAACCGCAAUUGCCAUGUCAACGAUGACCCCGAUCACCUACAGUACAAUUGUUUCAAGGAUUGUGCCAAAGAGUUUACUGGCUGUGCCAAAAAGUUGCACAAGUGCAAGAAGCGAUGUUACGAGGAUUGUGGAGAUUGCUUAGUGCUGAUGCCUACAACACUACCUUGCGGACAUCACUAUGAGAUACCCUGCAGCUCUGACCCGAAUACCUUCCAAUGUAAAAGACAUUGUAAAAGAACCAUGACAUGCGGUCACAAGUGUAAAGCGCUCUGCUGGGUGGAGUGUGACCCCAAUCAUUGUAAUGAAUUGGUCGAUAAAUUGGCUCCCUGUGGACACAUCAUGACUAAGAUUAAGUGCAACGAAGGUACGGACAAACGGGUGUGCAAAGAAAAUUGUCAACGCAAACUUAGUUGUGGUCACCCGUGUCCUGACAAAUGUUUCAAAGAUUGUAAGAAGGUGAGAUGCAAUAAGGAGGUGGAUAGUCCAGUGAAACCUCGAUGUGGACAUUCUGACAUCAAAAUACCCUGUUUUCUCGCUCAAUCAGGCCUGAAUGGAGGUAGUGACGAGCUGCUGGAGUUGUGUGAACACCCGUGUGGGAAGCUCAUGAGAUGCGGCCACACCUGUGAGGGAACAUGUGGUGCCUGUCUGCAAGGAAGACUGCAUGUGCCUUGCGACAAGCCAUGCAACAAGACGUUGAUUUGUGGCCAUAAGUGUGGGAGCACAUGCAGUGUACUGUGUCCUCCUUGUAAAACAAGAUGUCCAAUUCAAUGUUCACAUAAAAAAUGCUUUGAUCCGCAAGAUAAAAAGAAAAAACAACAUUGGUGUAGUCAACCUUGCCCUGAGUAUUGUAAUAAACGUUGUGAGUGGAAGUGUGAGCACCUAGAGUGUAAGAGGAGAUGUUGGGAAAUGUGUGACCGGCUUCCAUGUCUUGCGCCGUGCCCUCGCAUGUUGGACUGUGAUCACCCUUGUAUGGGCUACUGUGGCGAACCUUGUCCACCUACAUGUGCAGUCUGUGAUCCAAACAUUCUUGUGGCAAACUCUAUCGGAGACAGGUAUGUGGUGCUACAAGACUGCAAGCAUGUUGUCCUGAGCUGUGUAAUGGACAAGAUGAUAAUUGACACCAAAAACGAUGUAAUCUCCAUGCAUCAACUUGUAUGUCCACAUGAGGGUUGUUUAAAACCCAUCGUCAACACAAUGCGCUACAGAAAUGUCUACUUAAAUUUCCGCAAGCAGGUAUUAAAGAUUGAAGAGACAGUAGCGACUAAUGAGACUAUCAGAUUAAAGAAGCUGUACGCUCUUCAAACCAGCCUUCUUGGAUCAGACCCCACUUACAAUGUCACGAUGAAUGUGGUGAUGAAAAUGUGCAGCCAUCCUUUCAAGGGAAACAGAGGACAAGGGAUGGAUCAGAAGGACAUGGGAAGGCUGAUUGUUGGGGUGCUGCUACAACCCUUGGCUGUCAGGUGUAAGGAUCUGAGCCGAUAUAGAUAUGAAAUAACAACUGAAUAUGGGGAGAGAUUGAAACUUCGCCUUGGGUACUUGGCAACUGCUCUGAUUAAGAGAAUGGACCAGAUCAGUUAUGAAGCGAUUCUGCAAAUUGAACUAGUGAUUGCCAAUAUCCUUCAAUUAGCUUCAGAGGAUUCAUUAAUUCCACCCACUACUUUAUCGUGGUUUGAUGUGGAGCCGUGGACUUGGGAAAAGGAUACACAGUAUAAUCAACGGAAGCCUAUCCGUGACAAGCCUAUUUCUUCUUCUCAUCUAUCCGUGACUCUGAUAACCAGGGAUGGAAACAAGAAGUGGUUUGAGUGUGUCAAAGGACAUAUGUAUGUGGCUGAAAACACAGAAGUGUGCGACUUCUGUAAGAUUGAGGAGGAGGAGGAACAGCGGUUAAAGGAGGAGCAACAGCGGUUAAAGGAGGAGCGGAAGAAAGAAGAAGCUGUAAAAAAUGCUAAGAAACAACCAAGAAAUGAACCUAAAAAUUGGAAAGAAAGAGAAAGACAAGGUCCACAUGUAACCGACUGGCGAAGGGGAGGCAGAGGAGGAAGGGGUGGGGGAAGAGGUGGGGGUAGAGGAAACCGAGGAAAUCCCAGAGGGGGGAAUAGGGGAUACCUAGUCUAGCAUACUUCCCCACAUGGCUUUAGCUCUUAAGUGUUUGCGGAGUAAUCCAAACUAAACACUGAUAGUUAGAGAAACUUUGAUACCAAUGGGUUUAAGUUUGUAUUUUGAUAAUUUAAUAGAAAAUAAGAGGGUUUAACUGUUCUUUCAAUUUUGAUCUUGUAUUGCACUUUGUAUUGUUAUCGUGCUUGGUUAUGAGUAAUUUGUAAUUGAGCACUUAUUGUGAUAUUGAUUGUAGGUAGCUAUAAGUUAAGGUAAAAUAUCCAAAGAUUUGUUGGUAUAUUCAUAUUGCUAUCUGGUUUGUGAUAUGUAUAAACAUUUGUGCAAUAAGUCUGACAACCAUGAUGGUUUAUAUGAACAAUGGCUCUCUUACAGUGAGUGCCAAGAAUGUCAUGCUUGUGGGGGGGGGGGGGGGGGCAUUAUUGUAGGCCUAUUGAGGUGUUGUGAUCACAAAUCCAACUUAGUUGGUUCUGAUUGUACCCUCUUAAUUUUGAGUUAGCUGUAAUGUUUCUACUUCAUCUUAGUUGGCAUUUAGUUGAUAUAAUUUGGUAACAUAUGACCAUAAAAAGUAUUGAAUUUCAAUUCAUAAAUAAAACAAAUUACUGUAUAUCUAAUUAUAUUUUAUCUGUAGUAAACAUUUCAUUUAUUUUUUUGUUUCAUUUUUAAUUUCAUUUCACUUAUUCGUUACUAAGUUCCUAAAGUUUAUGCAAACACUGUGCCAAAAAUGUGCCUUUCAAAGUAUCAUGUAAUAUUAUUAUAUAGUAAUAUUUUAUAAAGGAAUAUUUGUAGUUAAUUCCAUUUUUAAUGUUUAUGAAUAAAGUUUCUUGUUCUCUUAA